UCGGAAAGGAAAAUAACAAGAAUAAUAUCAAAACCAUGACAGAGAUCUAGGCAGUGCUCAUAUAUCACACUCCAAAAUGAGGAUAUUAUUUGUUAUUUUGUCUGUGUUUUUCAUUUCUAAAUCUUGUGAAGGUCAGUGUGUGCUACCGAAUAAUUUAACUGGAACAUUUAUUAGUAGUAGUAAAGGAGUACUAGAAUUUACUAGUAAUUCUAUAUCAGGCUAUACUGUUAGUAAUUUUGGUGCCUUUGACUUUAACUGUACUGUAUCAUUUGCUUCUAAACUUAUUCUUAGAUCCAACACAUUCUCGUAUCUAGGAUUGAUAUGGGAAGCGUAUUUAUGUUUAGAUAUCACCACUGUAUCACAAGAUUUGUUUGUCUAUAAUCUUAAUUCAGUUGAAGAAGCUGAUGCUCAGAAUGAAAGAGUGAAAAUUUUUGUACAGGGAACAAAUCCUAAUGUUUUAACUAUUUGUGAUAGAACAUCAAUACCAGCAGGUUCAUAUGAACUUCUUAUUAGAAAUGGAACAGGAACAAGCUCUGAACAGACUUGUUCUAGUGAUUUAGAAGGAUAUUGGUCAUAUAGUAUAGAUAAUAAUAAUAAUAAUGAUAACUGUAGUAAUCAAACUACCAGUCUGGAUGUUUGUUCUUCUACAUCAUCACUAGCUUUUAACUACACAGCUUGUCCUACACUUAUGGCUUAUUCAGCUAGUGGUGUUGUGAAUUGUUUACAAGAGAUAUCUAGUGGUUCUGUUAAAUAUCUUACUUUGUUAAAUACUGAUCAAUCUACAGAUGAAUCUACUACUUACAGAGUUACUUGUAUGGUAUAUGAAGUAACUAACAAUGGUAUCAGUUUGACUCAAUAUCCACAAGCUUGUUUAUCAAAUCAAACAUCAACAUCAGUUACCUCCCCCGGUUUAGCUAUAACUCUCUUUAACAGACCUGUGUCAACAACACCUGAGCUUUUAGCCAGUGCUACAGCUAGCUGGGUCUAUGCUGUAGUUGUUCUAAUAGUCCUCUUAGUAGUAAUAUUUAUUAUAAUAAUUGGUAUCAAGGCCUAUAAAAAACACCAAGAGUCUAAAGAUGAAUCUCGUGGUAUUAAGCCUGAUACUGUGACUACUACUGUAAAAGUAGAAGGUGAAGAUGUAAGAGAUGGUACUAGUAAUAGUGAUAUGCCUCCUGAUAUUUUAAACUAUCUACAGAAAGAACACAGUAUGCCUAGUAGUACAGUGAGUAAAGAUGAUGAUAUCCAGAUAACAAUGAGUACACCAGUUCAACCAUUUAAAGAAGAUGAGAGUCCAGGACCACAUUCUAUAGAACUACCAGGUGCUAUUACUGACUACCACACCAUAGGGGGGAUACAACAUCCCAAUUCUCCUAGACCAACAAAAAAAAAAGGAGGAACUACACCCAAGACCACACCUAGAAACACCCCACGGAACACUCCUAGAACACCUAGAGGUGGCAUUGUACCAAGAUCUAUUAGUAAUCUUAGUUUAACCAAGAAUAGUCCCAGAACACCCAGAGGUGUUGGAGCAAAGAGCAUCACACCACGUGGAGCGACUGUUAAACCCAUUGAUAGCCAGCCUAGAGUAAAGAAGGGUGUUGUUCCAGUUAUGGGACCAGCUACUAAUGAUUUAGGACGGGGUCGAAGGUUACCACCUAUUGUAGAAUCAGUAAUUGCUGCCAAUAAAAUGAGGAAAAGUAUUGGAAAUAAAGGUUCUAAAGAUGCCAAGAAAGGAAUGAAUAUAGAUAAAAAGACAAGGGCUAUCGAAAGAGCUGAUUCUGCAAAGUCUACAACCUCAAGAGAAAGUAUAGAUUCUUUUACCAAUUCACGUCCCAAAUCAAGAUCUGUAUCAUUCCGUCAGGAUGUAGAGGCCAAGAAGAAAGCCAAGAGAAUGAAAUCCAUGUCUUCAAUGAAUCAGUCAUUUGAUGAAGACGAGAUAGUCCUUCCACCCAAUAUUUCACAGAUGAAAAUCACCCGAGUUGAUAUUCCAGCCCUGGCAUUAAGAACAGCAGAGUCAGAAAUGAAACUUCAAGAUAUGGAUUCCAAUGCACCUAGUCCAAAACAGAUGGUUUGGUCUACAGAUGACAAUGAUAAGGUGGAAGAUGUAGAAGCAGGAAUAACUAUCAGAAAAGUUUGGUUGGAACCAGAUGACCCUACAGAAGAAAUCUGGGCCCGUGUUUCUAGUUUAUGGAGGUUAGGUCAAACAUGGACUGAUAAAACUAUCAAUAUGUAGAAUAGAAUAUUUUAUAAGCCCUGCAUUCAGUAAAACACAGUAUUUCUUAGUGUUUGUUGUUGUGAGUGUAACAGGUAACUGAAGGAAAACAAACUGUUUUAUUGAAACUGAAUGCAGGGCUGGUUUGAAACUCUCAUGGUUUUCAUCAUAUGUACUAUACAGAAAAUUCAGAGCACCAAUUUAAUCCUUCAAUAUUUAUCACUACAAGUACCAAAAUUUUCAUAUGAAAACUUACUUACAUUUUCAAGUAUAAAGAUGAAAACCAUGCAUGCAAACAGCAGUGCUUUCAAUCAAUAUGUUGACCAGGUUAGCCUAGGAGCAAGGGUAACUUUACAGUUCAUUUCAACCGUUGAUGGAUGAAAGCUUGCUUAUCCUACCCAUCUUAACAUUGUAGAUAUAGAUGUAAACAUUGUUUUAUUUAAGUUAUUUUCUGUUGAUUAUGAAAUGUAAAUAUGUAUUUAUUUUUAUCAUUUAUUAAAUAUUUAAACCAAU